UAAAAAAUAUUAAACAAACACAUGAAUGAGUUCUAAGAAAGCAUUUCUCAUUCAUAUGUUAUAAGAAUGAAUUAAUAGGAUAAGUAGAAAAGAGAAAGUCUGUGUUGAAGAAAUGACUCCUCAAUCUGCUCAUAAGAUCCUUAUUUUGUUCCUUUUAUUCUUAAAGUGUAUCCAUGGCAGUGGAAUGAUGAUGCAUGGCAGUGGAAUGAUGAUGCAUGGAGAUCAUCACUAUAUGCAUUCAAAUCAAGAAGAGGCGGUUCGAAGCGUAGGAUUGUUAACCAUGGAUGAUAUGAAGGUAGGGAAUACAAUCAAAGUUAAACUUCCCUUCGAUGACACUUCUUCAUCUCAUUUCUUGCCCAAGGAUGUAGCCGAUUCGAUCCCCUUCUCGUCCUCCGAGCUCCCAAACAUUCUCAAACUCUUUUCGUUCUCUGAAGAUUCUUCCAAAGCUAGUGCGAUGAAAGAAACCCUAAUUAAAUGUGAAGAUCCUCCUACUGAGGGAGAGAUCAAGACUUGCGCGACUUCCUUAGAGUCCUUGCUUGAUUUUGCAAGAAACAUUUUCGUACCGAGCCCCGAGCCCUUAGUCCUAACCACAACACAUGAUUCUACAUCACUUGGUACAUCGGAGAGUUACAAAAUUUUGGGAUUCGAAUGGUUUCGAGCUCGAAAAACGAUGGCAUGUCACUUGAUGGAUUAUCCUUAUGUGGUUUACUAUUGCCAUCACCAAUUGUAUGGUAGUGAAGUUAGGGUUUUUAGGGUUUCACUUGAAGGUGAUAAGGGAGAUAAAGUGGAAGGCUUUGGUAGUUGUCAUAUGGACACUUCAAAAUGGAAUUCUGACCAUGUUUUGUUUCAAGUGACUAAGACAAAGCCUGGUGCCUUUCCUGUUUGUCACAUGUUCCUUGAAGGAGAGCUUAUUUGGGUUCAGCCCAUCUAAAUCAACAGUGUUACGGCUUUGAGUGUUUUUUUGUCUCAAUUAUCUCAAAUGUUGAGAUGGACGCACACGAUUUCAUAUGGAUCAUGUGGGUCAUGAUUUCACAUGAAUCAUAUACGUCCAUCUCAAUAUUUGAGAUAGUUGAGACAAAAAAACACUGGAAUCCUUAACAUUUUUCGUAUCUAAAUAGUUCAUUUGAGUUUGGACAUCUCAUUUGCAGAGCAAUGUAUCAAUGAGGCUAUGUUUCGCAGGAACGUUGGCAGAAGUUGAGGAGAAAAAGGGAUGUCUAUACUUUUCUAUUGAAACGCUCCCGAACACUCUCACCAACACCCACAAACGUGGUUGCCAAACGUAGCACAGUCAACUUAUAUAGUUUUGCAUUUGUAUAAUAAGUAGGUGAUUUCUGAAUUAUUGUGUAUCUAUGUUGUUAAUGUAUACAUGUCUUAUUAGUGGUGUGGAUUUCAAUUUCAUGAGUUGCAUAUAUUGUACUAUACCUUGUGUUGCCUUUAUUAAUAAAGUUUUAAUCUUUAUUGGCAA